AUGCAGAAUACACUGCAUCAGUAUGAAAAUGGAUUGUAUUUGGCUGACGGGGAAGUAGAUGGUUUGCAUGAUUUCAGAAUAGACACUUUGAAAAAUGUGUUGGAAGAUGCAAGGCAAAACCUUAAUAAAGUCAAAGCCCUAAAGGAUACUGAAAGCUCUAAAUCUGAUUAUUACUUAAGGGACCAUAUAGCAGAACUAAAGCUAGAAGUUGUUACUGAAAACAGAGAGGAAUUAAUUAAAUGUUUUGAUAUCACAGAGAGGCAGGAGCAGUCAGGUACAUUUAUCAGUCCUGGACAUUCAGAUCCUGGAAAAGCUGCUUGUGAUUCAGCCAGAGAUGUUUUAGAAUCCAGCAAUGGCAAGACAGGUUUUAAUUUUAACGAGGAAGUUUAUUUGAACAGUUUGCUAGAAGAGACUUUAAAUGAAACUGAACUCAGUGAACAAUCUGCAGCUUUACUUUUUUCUGGGUAUUGUUCGCCACAGAAUGAAAUAGACAAGCAAAACAGUCUAAGUGAUCAUCAGAUUGAUUUUGUGAUUGGAGAUACUGGCCUGAUAAAGCAGAGCAGUGAAAAAAGAUUUAUUUCUGACAAGGCUUUUCAGGGAGCUGGAGAAGGUGCAACAGCUGAGAUUACAACUGCACACUUAAAAGAGCAGGAGGCACAUGUUGCUUAUGAUGAAUCUCUCAGUCAAAAAAUGGAGAAGGAGCUAGAACCGGAAAACAAAAGGAAGCAAGGAGAUAAUAGUGAUUUUACCAUUUGGGUUCAAAAAUUAAAGUGCGUGACGCAAGAUUUAACAUCUCGUUCAUGGGAAGAAGCAGUAAAGGACCUCCAGUGGGAAAAAGAAAAUUUAAUGGUGCAGUUGAGAUUGCAGGAAGAAUUAGUGAAAGAUGUUCAGGAGCAAAAGACAGCCUCUGAUUCUGUGACCAGUGAAGUACAGUCUCUGUUUGGACGACAGCUGACCAUGUUGCAGAGGCAAAGGGAUCAAAUGCAAGCCCAGAUUGAUAGCCAGAUGGUGAGGAACAAGACCCUCUUUGAACUUCUUGGCCAAAAAGCUAUUUUAGAAAAAUUCUUGCUGAAAGAACAGGAGGAUCUCAAGUCUGAAAUCAAUAUCAAAGAACAAAGUUUAUCAUCUUUACUUGAGGAAAAGUCAGCCUUGGAAGAAAAACUUUUUACAGUCGGGGAGCAUCUAAAGGAAGCAAAAAAGGCUUUGGAGGAAAGCGUUAACAAAGUAAUGGUUCUUGAACAAACUGUUGAGGAGCUUAAUGUGAGAAUGAAAAGCGCUCAAGAAUCACGUGAAUCUGAAAGGUUAGCAUUUGAAGAGGAAUUGGAAGCCAGUAGCUUAGAAUUACAGAAGCUUGGCACUGAAAUAACACUGAAAGAAAGGGAAUUUAUGCAAAAAGAAAAUGAGUUGAAUGAAGAAGUGGCUUCUUUAAGGAAUGUUCACUUGGAACUUGAAGCUCGUCUAGAGGAGACAGUAAAGAACAUGAAAGAGAUGCAGUCGGAGUCCGAGAGACUUCACAAGGAAGAACUUAGUAGAAUAGAGUCUCUCUAUCAGUCUGAUCUUUCAUAUACAAAAUUGCAGCACCAGAAGAUGAUAGAAGAUCUAAAUGCAGAAAUAAAAGAGAACAUAGAAAAGCAGAAACAGUUGGAACUAGAAUGGAAAGAACAGAUUGGAAUAAUCAAAAAGCUUCAUGAACGAGAGCAUGAUCGUGAAGUAGCGGAGCUAGUUAUUCAGCAUGAGGAUGAAAUGAAAGAGUUACAUGCUAAAUUAAUGAAAGAGCAACAGCUGUUGUUGGAUGAGUUGCAUCACCAAAUGGAGGCUGCACAUGAAGAAGAGAUGCAUGAAGCGGAGGCUCUACAUAAUCUUAAAGUGGAAGCUCUAAGAUUGAAUUCAAAUAAUGUGCACACAUCUCAGUUGGAGCUGAUACAGAAUAAUCUGAGGAAGGAGAAGGAAACCGCCCUUGUGGAACUGCGUGAGAUGCUCAAUGACAAGCAUGCUCAAGAAAUAGCAGUUCUGCAAAGCCGAUGCCAAUUUGAGCUGGAGCAUAUUAAGGAACAGCAUCUGAAGGAAAAAGAAGAAAUGACUUUGACGCAUCAAAGUGACCUAGAUGAAGAGAGGGGGAAAAUCAUUUUGGAAAUGGAGGAAAAACAUGCCAAAAUAUUAGAGAGUUCUAAAAAAGAAUGGGCAUUGAAUACAGAAAUCAGUUGUAAAAACAUAUCUGAAGAGUUAUCUGAAAAACAUCAGGCUGAGUUGAAUGAGAUGAAAAGAACUCUGAAAUCAGAACUUGAGAUGAAAGGAACCCUGAAAUCAGAACUUGAACAAGUAAAAGGAAAGUUGGAGAGCCUGUGCCUUGAAAAAGAACAGCUUGAAAUGGAGUGUAAAAAUCUGGAAAACCAGUACCAGCUUGCCAUGACGAAGCUGCAGACCGACCAUGCCCAAGAACUGCAAGAUGUGAAAGAGCAAAGCAAGAAACAUGAAGAAGAGUUACAGCAGGAGAAGGAGGAAUGUCACGCAGUACUUGAAAAACUAAAAGCAGAGUCACAAGAAGAAAUCAAACAACUUUGGUAUCAGCUGGACAGUGCACGAGCAAGUCGGCAGGAACUAAGUGAGUUAAAAGAACAGCUGCUUGCUCGCACAUCACACAUGGAAGAAAUGGAAAACUUGAAGAAAGAUUUUCAGACUAAAUGGGAUAAAAAGAAAAGUGAACAUGAAAAUGAAUUGGAACAAUUGAGACUUUACUUUGAAGAGAAAUUGAAGAUCCUGGAAGGGAACUACAGAGAAGAAUUAACAAUGCUGCAUCAGAAACUGCAAGAAGGAAAAGAUGAUACUCUGCUGGAGAUUGAGAAUGAACAAGAGGAACAUAUGGAUAUGGGCCCAUGUGUUACACUUUUGGAAGAGAUGACUGAAAAAGAGAGACGGGGUCUCUUUGAACAGCUCACCGUGCAACUGGAGCACCACAAGGAAGAACUAUCCUGCUUAAAGCUGCAUUUGGAUAAAAAACACAAAAGUGAGCUAGAGUUGUUGAGCUCUUCUCUCACACUCCAAUACCAAGAGAAUCUAUUGAAGAUGAAGAUGGAUCUCUCUGAUAGAUACACUCAUGAAAUUGAAGAAUUGAAUAGAAAACAUUCCUUAAAUCUCGAACAACUCCGUGCCAAGCUUUCAGAGGAGCACCUCAGAGAAAUGACUAAAGUUCGCCUACAAAGUGCUCAAGAUGCUGCACGUCAAAUAGAAACAGAGGUAAAAGAACGACUCGUAGCGCUGGAAAAUGAAUACAAAGUUAAAUGUGGUGUUCUUGAAGCUGAGAGGGAGUCUGUUUCCAACCAACAAGAAGAAAUAGAAAACCUGAGGAGAGAAAAUUCUAAAUUGAAAGAAAUGAGUAUACAAGAAGAGCUUCUUUUGAAAGACAAGCUAGAACAGGUUAAAUGUAAACUCAUUGAAGAUCAUGUGAAUGAAUUAAGAAGAGCUAGAGAAGAGGUACGUGAAAUAGAAGAAGUUCACAAAGCAAAAUCUGAAGAAUGGAAACUGAAAUGGGAGGACUUGAACAAAAAGACUGAAGAGAAAUUACUGGCGUAUAAAGAGUGUGAAAACAAGGCAGAAUAUGAGAAGCAGGCCUUGCAAAAGCAGUUUGAACUUCACGAAGCUGAGAUGACUUGCCUUCAAGAGCAGCAGGCUGCUAGAAUCACACAGUUAGAGAAAUCUCUGACGGAGCAGCAGAACCAUGUCCAGCAGCUGGAGGAUAAUUUAGCAAACACACGGAAGACUUUGGCUCAGUAUGAAAGUGAACUAAACUCUGCAAAGGCUCUCAUGGUCGCAGAGUUAGAAAAAGCGAAACGUGUGUUCCAAGAGGAAUGCGCUGCUAAACUUGAGGAUGCACAGAACAGGUUUAUGGAAGACCAUCAAGCUAUGACUACAAAAUUAGCUGAAGAACAUGAGAUUCUUCUUCAGGAGCUGAGAGAAAAGCAUGUCGGUGACCUAGUUUCUCAAAGAAAAGAGCUGGAGCAUAAACAUAAGGAGCAAAUUUUGUCCCUCACAGCAGAACUGCGGGCACAGCACCAAGCUGAAAUGGAGACCCUCAAAUCCACAUUAGAAAGGGAACACCAGAUUCGUUUAGAAAUGAGCCUAGCUAAUCUGCAGAAAAAUUAUCAAGCCCAAAUGACAGAGCUAGAGGAUAAGCAUUUAUCAAAUUUGGAUACUUUGGAGUCUACAUAUCUCUCUGAAAUUCAGUUCCUACGGGACGAGCACAGACAAGCUGUUGAAAGUUUACAGGUAGAUUUACAAGAACAGCUACUUAAACAGGGCAAGGCAAAUCAAGAGCUCUUGGCUCAAAAUCUAGCAAGGAUGAAACAUAAACACGAUGAGGAGCUGCAAAUUUGCCAAGAAAAUCUGAAAAUAGAUUUGGCUACCGCUCACAUAGAAGAACUUAAAGUAAUGGCUGCCGAACUGGAAACAGCUCAUAAGGAAGAUUUAAGUGCAGAGUUAGAAAAACAAAGAUGUUUAUUAGAGCACGAUUAUCAUAAAUCCUUGGAUUUGUUACGAGGAGAAAUCCUCCAUAUGGAGGAGCAGCAUAAAAAAGCAAUGCAGGAGCUUCAAGAGCUUCAUAUUGCAGAGAUUGAGAAGGAAAAAGAACACUGGCAACAGCUUCAGAGAGAGAGAGAGCAGCAAAACUCAGACAAACAACAGCUGGAGGCAAAAAUUAAAUCUUUAAACAAAGAGAUGGAAGAGGCUAACGCUGAACUGAAAAACUUACAGCAGCGGGACAGAGAGAACCAAGAAGGAGAAGCAUUAAUAGCUUUGUUGAAAUCUGAUAUUGGACUUUAUAAAACUGAACAGAAAAAGCUGCAAGAAUGUAAUCAGCAGGCUUUAAGGUUACUUUUGAUGAUGGUGAAAGCCACAAAAGAUAUAGAAGGCCUUAUCUGCAAGAAGACUGGUCUUUGUCUUGAUGACAGCCUGGCAUCUGGAGAUUCACGAGAGAGCCAGAGUACAAUUGCAGAAAUGGUACUUUCUCAAAAAAUGAUGGAGAAAGGGGACACGAAAGCAAGUGAGAGGGCUCACCAAGGGCAAGAUCUUGAUAAAACUCUACCUGAACACAGCUUUGAAUCUUUGGUGCCUGAUGAAAUGUCUGAACUGAGUGAGCAUUUAUGCGAAAGUAUUUUUGAAAACCCAGACCUGGUAUUUGAAAAUGAAGAGAGGAUCCAGAAAAUCUGUCAUUCUGUGCAUAUUGCUGUGGAAAAGCUUAUGGAGCUGCUUGCAGAAUCAACUAAACAAAGUGAAGAGGAAUUCAACCGUAGGAAUUGGGAAGCAUGCCAGGUGGUUAAUGAGCACCAUGAGCUAAUGGAGUGUCUCAAUGAAGAGAGUGCGGCAAAGAAUCAGCUGGCAGUGGAGCUUCAUAAAGCAAGAGGGCUCAAUGAAGGCUGUUUGGCAGAGAGAGAUGCCUUGGAAGCAGCCCUGCGUCUGAAAGAGGAAUCUGAACGCCGUCUUGUUGUAGAAUUGGAGAGCAUGAAAACACAGUUCCAAGAUCUAACUGAAGAACAUACAAGAUGCAUUGAGGAGCAGAAGUUAAUAAGAAGUCAAAAUAAAGCUUUGACUGCCAAUUUAGGGGAGACAGAAAUUGAUUUAUUGAAGGAAGUUGAACGUCUCUCAAAAGCAAAGUUAGAACUGCAGUGUCAGGCAGAAAAGGACUGCUCCACCUUGAAUGCUCAGUUGAAAAUUUUGGAGAUAGAGCUUGAAGAGCAGCUGAACAAAAAUCAAAAGAUGGCCACGAUGUCGUUAGAAGUUGUUGAUUUAAAACAGCAGAUACAAGCCCUUGAAAGACAGCUGAAGAGUCAACGGGAUUUCAUGGAUAAACAAGCAGUUGAACGAGAGCAUGAACGUGAUGAAUUCCAGGAGGAAAUUCAGAAGCUAGAAAUGCAGUUAAAACAAACAGAAAAAAACCAGGCUUCUGGGCAGUCCAGAGUAUUGGUAGAGUCCCUCUAUGAGGAAAUCAAAGAAAGAACAGAUGAUUACAAUAACAUUUGCUUGGAAAGAGAGGAAAUGCAGAAAGAACUCACCGUUCGAAAUGAAGAAAUAGAAAAGCUGGCAGCAAGGGUCAGAGAACUGGAGUGCUUGAAGAUGGAGGAGGCAAAGCAUGUCAGUCAGCUGACGCAAGAAGUACAGAAAAUGAAAAAAUUGGAAGCUGAAUGGAAACAAGAUAAGGAAGCAUUGCAGCAGCAGCGGUACAAUAAUUUGAUUCAGAUUUCUACUCUGCAGUCCAAACUGGAUGAAAUCAGGCACAGAGUGCUUCCAGAAGGAGAUAUGGAUCAUAUAUUACAGGGAGAGUUAAAAGCGCAAGAAGAGCUUCUAAUAAAAAAGACAGAAGUUGCAAACUUGUUAGAGCAACUUAAACAAUUUGAAGAGGAUCUGAUAAACAAAAAUGAUGAAAUCUUGCACCUUAGUUUAAAAAUUGAAGUGGAAAAAAGAGACUAUGUCUCCAAAAUAAUGCAGCUUCAAGAAGAAAAUGCAUACCUGAAAGAAAACAAUGAAAAAUUUAACAAGAUUCAGAGGCCAGGGGAGAGUGACUUGGCUCUUCUCCAGUUUCUCAAGUCCUUACUUGAAGAAAAGAAUCAAGAAACAGAUCAUUUGAAUAAGCAGAUUGCAGAACUAGAACAUGAGCUCGAAAGCUGCAAGGAAGACAAGGUUUUGGAAAAGCAAAUGUUUGAAAUUGAGGACCUGAAAUUGGUUAUAGAACAACUUCGUGCUGAUCAGGAACAAUUGGCAAGGGAUAAAUCAGAAGAAAUAGAACAGCUGCAUGGAGUAAUUGAGACUCUUCAAAAAGAAUUAGCACUUCGUGGACCCAUCUGUGAUGAAACUGAUGACAGCCAAGACCAUUCUAAAACCCUUGUACUAGAAGAGCAGGAAGAGAAUCUUCAAAAUGAAUUGCAGAGUGAAUUAUUGAAUCAUCUGGAGAACAGAGAUGGAGAAGCCAGCUGUUUGCUGCUUCAGUCCAACCAGCAGCAACUUUGCCAUCAGCUGGAAGUAGUUCUGGCUGACAGAGAAGCUUUGCAGCAGCUGCUUGAAGAAAAAGAAUCUCAUUUUACCGUAGAAAUAAAAAAUCUAGACCAAAACCUGAAGAACAUUCAGGAGUCUUCUAGACAGUACUUCAAAGAGCUAACAGAUUUACAACUACAGUACAAAGAACUGCAGGAAGACUACAAGGACAUGGAAGUGUGCUUAACACAGAGGGAUUCUGAAAUAACUGUUGCCACUUCCUGUAUUCAGGAACUUGAAGGUAAACUGAGAGAUCGGGAAGCAGCAUUUUCUGAAAGGGAAUUGGAGCUCCAGGCUGCGUCAGAGCAGAAGGCAGAGCAAGCAGCUGAAGUACUGCGAGAAAAAGAAAAUGUUGUGCAGCUUGAAAAUGAGCUCAGGGUCUUGGUAGCCACCCUGCAUGACAAAGAGGUCGCUUAUCAGAGUGAAAUCAGUGAACUUAAAGCUGCUGCUGUGGAACUGAGGUCCCAGAAUGAGAAGUCCAUGGAAGAACUGGAAGCACUGCGGUCUGAGAGAGCUCUUUUUCACUUACAGUUGAAAUGGUCCUUGGAAGAGGACCAAAAUGAUGAUCAGAAAGAAACUGCACUUUAUAAAUCAGUGUCAGAACAAGAUGCCGUCCAGCUUUCUCUAGAAACAGAGGGAGGAAGAGAAGAGCAAGGACUAAGUGAUAAGCCAUCAGUGACAAUUAAUAGUGGUAAACUGGAAAAAGAAGUUCUAAUUACUGAUCAAAAGACCUCCAGCAAAAAUCUUAAUAUUCAAGGUAAACAUCUUGAAGCAAUGCUUUUGAUUGAGGAAGCAGAAACAACAAAUACUGUAAAGGAACAACAAAAUUUAAAACCGCACGGUCAACAGACAUUGCACCUUAAUCAGACCCCAAAUUCUUUGACGUACAACUUGAACAGUCUCUCACAAAACAUGAAAUUCACUCCACAAGUACCAGAAAGCUUCCAGAGUAUGGUUAUUGAUAAAACUUUGUGGGACUCCCCGGAAAUUAUGAGAAAACAAAAUAAUAGUAUAGAACUCCAAGCAAGUAUUCAUCUAACACCCUUCUCAGAAAUUGAUGGCAUGCACAGUGCAGCUUUUGAAAGCUUGUGUUCCGAGUCCUCGGUCAUACAAACAGACUCCUCUGGAUUGUUGAGGUACAAUCAAGAAACAGCACACAGCUCCCCCUUCCAGUUCCCAGCAUUCUCAGGACCUACCUUCUUGGACCCUGAAUACAACAGUGGGCAGGAAAACAUUUCAGCAAGAGAUGCUGAAAACUUUACAUUGAUGCCAUCUGAACUGCAAAAUGAUUUAAGUUCAACCAUGUCCAGACUUGAAGGUGCAAGCACCGAUUAUGGCUGCAGUACUGGUUCAGAUUUGGUACUUCAGUGUAAUAAUGAAAAUGCGGAAACCACUGUGCUCCAAGAUGGCAGUGUUACGCAAUGUCUCAGAAUUGUUCCAGGGGCCACCGAACCAGGAAUACAAGGCAAAGAAUUGUUUUCACAUCAGUUAAAGAACAUGCUGAAGAUUGUAGAUGAAGAAAGCUGCAAAAUACUGGUUCUGUCAGAAAAAAUACUGCCUGUUAAGGAGGAAAAAAAUGUUCAGUUUCAGCAGGCACCCCUGAUGGAGGGAUUGCGGAAAGAGAGCCGAACCUUGCUCGAUGCAGUCCAGUCACUGAAGCAUUACCUCAGCACAAUGCCAGAUAAAGAAGGCAAGGAUUAUUCGUCUGCUUUUUUUGACUGGAGAGGAGAACUACUUCAGGCCGUCCAGUGCGUGUUAGAAAAGGAGCGAAACAUGUUGCAAAGCUACUUUCAGUCACAUUUUUGCAAUUCUGGAUCUGGAGACGAAGGAUCAUUGGUAGAAAAGCUAGAGCAUAUAGCAGAACAGCAGGAACGGCAGCAAAAGGUAGUUCUGGAGCACCUUUUGUCUUCAGACAGAAACAGCUUGCUUACAGAAAUACAAGACCUUCAAGCUCAGUUGCGACUGAUGCAUCUUCAAAACCAGGAAAAGCUGCAGCAACUCCAAGAGACACUUAUUAACGCAGAGAAUCAUGGAAGCAAACAAGAACACCAGCUUCGAAGACAAGUUGAACUACUAGAAUAUAAACUUCAGCAGGAGAAAUCACUUGCUAGUGACUUGCAGACUUCUCUAAAAAGUGAGCAAGAAAAAGCCUCUGAAAUGCACAAGCUACUGAAACAGGAAGACAUUGCAGUAAUGAACUUGAAACUGGAUCUCUCUGAAAGCAAGAAAACAAAUGCGAAGCUGCAAAAGGCUUUUCAGGAUCUCCAAAAGGAAGUAAUCAAAUACAGUUCUGCACUAGAAAGCAAAGAGAAAAGCAUGACAUCUGUACUUCAAGACUUGCAGAAUGCACGCCUUAAAGAAAAAGAACUACAGGCUAUGAUAGAUGAACAACAGCAGCAGCAGAAAAUAAAGGAGAAUGAAAAAUCAAAAGUAUUCGAGGAGUUGCAGGCUGCCUUGGAGCUACAGCGCAUUCAAACCAACCGGUUGUCUGUGGCAUUAGAGCACAAGCAGGCCGCAAACAGCAAUCUUCAUAAAGAACUUCAAAUUGAGCAUUCUCGCUGUGAGGCCUUGCUGUCCCAAGAACAGACUAAGUCAUUGGAAUUGCAGAAGAAUAUAGAUGCUGAGAAGAGCCGCUGUUUAGAGCUUUUAAGUGCUUUGAACCAUGAGCGUGUUUUAACGGAGCAGCUGAGCAGGAGGGUAAAUGAAUGUGGGUCUUGUAAGCAUCAAGAUUCAUUGCAGGAAUUGCAAGCUCAGUUGACUAUAGAGAGGUCCCAUGCUAGGGAACUGGCAGCCAUAAUUGAGAAGACACAACAGCAAGCUCUUGACUCCAAGAAACAAAUGGACAGGAAGCAGAUAUGCGAAGAACCUGAGCGAGAACAGGACCUCUUCAGCAGUUUACAGAUUACACAGGCAUCUCUGCAAAAUCAAAAGCAGGACAUUAUCCGUGCCUUGGAGAUAGAGAGGGAAAAAGAGGCCCAAAUAAAAAGGGAAUGGGAACAACUGCAGUCAAUCCUCAGAUUCCUCAGGGAUCAGGAGAACACAGUAGAACAAGGAGCAAGCGAGACAAAGCAAGAGCAGCAGAUGGCAUUGGACAAGCUAAAGGAACUGCAGAGAGCUCAAGAAAGCCAGUUGGAACUACAGCAUUGGCAGAACGCUGAGAGAAUAGAGGAACUGCAACACAUGCUAGAAGAAUUGAAAGAGCAGGAAAGGCAUCUUCAGGUUCAUAGAAAUCAACACAGACUUCCUUCACAUCUUUCAAAAAAUAGUACCACCAACAUAUCAGUUAACACAGCACUGCUGCAAAUGGAACAGCAGAAGCUAGAAAACAUCAGAGGGCAGUUGCUCCUUGCUGCUACUUACCUUUCUGAGUUUGUGUAUAAAAGUAUAGACAGAAGACUUAACUGGCCUGCAUUAAAUGAUGAAACCAUUUCAACCUUGUUGCAUACACUUGAGGAUCUGAAAGCAGAAUUACUGACUUCUUCCAGACCUUUGGUCACACCUACGUGCAUUAUGAACUCUGUGCGGGAAUCGGAACGAACUGCGUGGCCGCAAGAGAGAGCUGUUUCCCAGGAUGGCUUGAAAGCUCUAGAAUGUGAAGUAACGAAUACUAAUCCUGUGUCUGAAAAUAAGCCAGCCAUGGGUCCCUCCAACCUGAAGCUUCAGAAGUUAUAUAGGAAGUAUUUGCGAGCUGAAAGCUUUAGGAAAGCUCUCAUUUAUCAGAAAAAAUACCUUCUGCUGCUUCUGGGUGGAUUUCAAGAAUGUGAGCAAGCAACUUUGUCCCUGAUAGCUCGUAUGGGCAUCUAUCCAUCCCCUCCAGAUCUUAACUUCUCUGAAUCACGGAGCCGUUCUUUUACGAAGUUCAGAUCUGUUGUUAGAGUGAUCAUUGCAAUAUCAAGGUUAAAGUUUCUGGUGAAAAAAUGGCAUAAAGUAAGUAGAAAAGAGACGCCAUCAGAAACCCUUUCGCAUAGGACUGGACAUAACUCAUAUCCCAGAGGUAAAAUAGAAGUAAUCAAGCAACCACAACCUUUCUCGGCUGUUGAUACAUCAUCUCCUACAACUCGCGAAACUGGAUGCGGCAACAGAAACAUCAUCGUGAGACCUGGGAGCAUUUUGCUGAAAUCACCACCUCACGUGAAUGCCCGAUCAUCCAUGUUCACUAGCUCUUCCUCUCAGGCGUCAUCUAAGGAUCCUGAACAAUCAGCUGAAUACAUUACUUAUUUGGAGGCCAUUCUUCAAAGACUAGGCAUGAUCAUGCCAGAACCAGAGAAGCCUUAAAGGUGACCAGAACUCGUCCUGGGUCUUCCUGGAAACUGCAGCCACUGGAGGCUAUUCCUUUCUCCGCCAACGAACAUCCGCCUUGCACAAGCAGCACACCUGCGUGCUCGGUUGAAUAAAAUGCUCUGAAUAUCUGUGCAAUAGUUUUGCAUCAGAGUUUUGUACAAAUGUUUUCUAUAAUGUUUUUUAUACUUCGGGGGGGGUAGUGACUGUUCUGAUUGAAAACAGUGCUUCACUAUUUUAUUUGAA